AUGAAAGUAGUUGAGGAAAACUCUGAUAAGAUUGUGAAAGCCUUAAGACCCAAUGAUAGUUCUUCCAGUGCAGUAAAGAAAGACUUAGCAAACGAGAUUAACAAUACCUUCUUGUCCCCAAUGUCCAUAUUCGCACCUCUUUCCUUGGAUCUUCAUCGUCGUUCCUGCACUGAAAGUGUGCUGACAGACACUGUACUUACCGUGUCGGCCGAUGUAGUCUUUGAAAAGCUUUCAAAACUUAAUCCAAAAAAAGCUGUUGGCCCUGAUAAUAUACCUCCGUGGUUACUGAAGGAAAAUGCCGACUUAUUAGCCGGUUCGGUAACGGAUAUCCUCAAUUGCUCCUAUCGUGAAUGUUGCCUUCCCCCUUCAUGGAAGGAGGCGGACGUAGUCGUAAUCCCAAAGGAAAAAUCUAUUCAAGAUAUUAACAAUCAUUUGCGACCGAUCUCACUUACACCGAUAUUGUCAAAACUGGCGGAAGAUUUUGUUGUAAACCGUUAUCUGAAACCAGCAGUGCAGGGCCUUUUUUAACAUACAAGCUGGGGGGGAAUUUGCCCCCUCCGGCCCCCCUUGUGCCCCCCCCACGAAAUCACAUUUUGCCCCCCCAGGAAAAGUUUCUUUUUCCUAAAUUUAUACGAAGAAUAACAAAUAAAUAAAUGGAAAGUAAGUUUUAGGCUUUAUCCUUUGUCCUUGUUUAACAAAAAGCGAUCUAAAUUGUUACGUUUUUCAACCACUAAGUAAUGAUAAAUUAUUGUUAAUAUUUUUUUAUUUCUUGGUUGCUCAGAAUGCAGGAAAGAGCAUUUCCAGGUUUCAAAUUUGAAAAAUUUUCAGCAGUGAUGGAAAGGAUCGAUAAGAGACAGUUUGGUACUGUGCCUAAAUCUUGCACCACACAUGCCCUCAUCUCCAUGUUACAUACCUGGACCAAAAAUACAGACGGAAAUGGCUCUACUACCCGCGUUAUGUUGUUUGACUUUCGGAAAGCUUUUGAUCUGAUUGAUCAUAACAUUUUAUCGGAGAAGCUUACAAGAUAUAACAUUCCUAAAACCAUUAUGUACUGGAUUUUAGAUUUCCUGAGUAACCGCAAACAGAGAGUGAAACUGAGUAAUGACUGCUUCUCAGAGUGGAGUGAUGUACCCGCAUGUGUCCCCCAAGGCACGAAGUUAGGCCCCUGGCUCUUCGUAAUAAUGAUAAACGAUCUAAAUGUAUCUGGUGUUGACGAUCUGUGGAAGUAUGUCGACGAUACAACUAUAUCUGAGUCCGUUGGUAGAAAUGACUCAAGUUUAAUCCAAAAUUAUGUAGACGAAUUUGCCAGAAAGUCAAUUGCAGAUGGCCUCCAAUUAAAAGAAACCAAAUGUAAAGAGCUCCGGAUAAGCUUUUCUAGGCCUAACAAAGUAUUUGAAGCCCAUAACUAUUAAUGAUAAAAAUGUUGAGGUUGUAACAUCCACAAAAUUACUGGGCCUUACCAUCUCUAAUGAUCUCAAAUGGAACACCCAUAUUUCGAAUACUUGUAAAAAGGUAUCAACACGGCUAUAUUUUCUAAGACAAUUAAAACGUGCCAAAUUGCCACCCAACGAUCUGGUCCUGUUUUAUAUCACCUGUAUUUGUCCAGUUGUCGAGUACGCGUGCGAAGUAUUCCAUAACUCGCUGCCGCAGUACCUGUCCGACGACUUAGAAAAACUUCAAAAACGUGCCUUUCGCAUAAUUUUUCCUGAUAUGCACUACAAAGAUGUCUUGGAGACCAAGAACAUUUUGUCACUGAACGAUCGAAGACAAAAAUUAACAACGAAGUUAUUUAACGAAAUAGCUAGCAACUCACAUCAUUACUUAUACGACCUCCUUCCGCCAUUAAAUAUUGACGAUCACCUUUUAAGGAAUCAUAGAAAUUUUGAACUUCCUGUGUGCAAGACGAACAGACUUAAUGAUAGUUUUAUCAUGCACAAUUCUAAUAUAUAUUUUAGAUAAUCGAUUUGUUUUUUUAAUAUUCUUAAAUGUAAAUAGGGUUCAUAGCAUAUAUUCCUAAUAUCUUAUAUCUGUUAAACUUAGCGUAAUUCAGCUGUGAAAUUUUCUGAGGCUGUAAGUUCUAAAGUUCAAUAAACCAUCGAUCUAUCUAUCUAAAUAACUUUGCUUUCUUUUUUAUUUAAAAAAUUCAAUAUAAUAAAAAAGGGAAUCAAUAUUAAAGAUACACUGAAAUUAUAUGCUGUCUUGUUUAGUUGUUUCAUAUACGCAACGGCCGUCGGGUUUUAAAUCCAUUAUAAAAUCAAUAUUUAAAACAAACUUACUUUCGUUAACGUCGGCUCCCUUCUCUUAGCCGAUUCUUUCGCCCUUUCUUUCUUGAAAUUUACAAAAUCUUGCAAAAAUGCGAGCAAAAAUGAAAUAUAUUUGCAAGAAAUUUAUCAAUCAUCAAAUCAAGAAAUGUUUGCUAUUUCGCUGUCGUCAUGCAGUUGUUAUAAUGCAAACUUUAAAUUGGACCAAUCAGUGUCCGCUAUUCAUGACAGUCCGCCAUAUUUUUCAGAUCAGUGAGAAUGACCACCCACCGAACCACUCACGGUAACCCACGCUCACGCUCAUUGAUGAACUUUAGACUUGGCUAAUACUUUUGUUUCCCCGGGUGUAAAUAGCCGGGGGGAAUUAGUACCCUCGCCGUCGGCUCGGGGACAAACAGGUGCCAAACAGUCCGUAUUAACUGUACACUCUCGGAUACUCUAGAAGUGUGAAUGGGGUACCACAAGGAAGCAUACUUGGGCCCUUGUUAUUUAGCAUUUACGUUAACGACCUACCAUCAGUACCACAGCAAUGCCCAACUGAUUUUUACGUUGAUGAUACAAAACUGUAUAUGUGUUUUCCUGUUAGAGAUUAUGAUCUAGCCAUGGACCUCAUGAAUGAUGAUCUUACAAGAAUUCGAAAUUGGUGUUUCCAGAAUUUAUUGCUUUUAAAUCCUGACAAAACCAACCUCAUGGUUUACGGAACCAGACAGUUGAUUACAAAACUACCUGGUGAUUUUUGCCUUUCACUGUUGGGAAAAGAUCUUAAUUUUCCCUGGAAAUGUAGCGAAAGACUUGGGAGUAGUAACAGUUAAUUGAUCGUAAUCUAAAUUUCAACAAUCACAUUGUGAAAGUGACAGCUUCGUGCAUGUCAAUUUUAGGACAAAUUAACAGAAUUAAACAUUUUUUAAUAAGGAAUUGCUCAUUAUUAUUAUUAUUAUUAAUGCAUUAGUGUUUAGCAAGCUUUUUUAUUGCUCUUCCGUCUGGUCGUCAACCUCCGGGAAAAAUAUCAAGAAACUUCAAUAUAUCCAGAACUUUGCCGCACGUAUCAUCAGCGGUCAUAGAAAAUAUGAUCACGUGACUCCAAUAUUAAAAGAGCUUCAUUGGAUUCCAUUAAUUAACUAAUUCGUGUAUUUUAAAAACUGCUUUUCUGUUUUUCGUCAUUUAAUUCCUCGGAAAUAUACUAACAAAAUGUUUUAGUCAUUUUUGCAGCCCCUCCCCCAGGCGUUCGGCACCCCGUCACUUGACAACUGGACGCCCGCCAGUUACGGCACUGGUUAUUGUAAUGCAGUCGGUAUUGAAAAACUAUAUAACGACAAAGAACUUGUGUUCGCAUGUAUAGUGAGAUAGGGCAGUGAUAUAAACGACCAACAUCUUGAAAAAGGGUGCUUGGCGUCAUGAUUUGCUGUUAAUUGCGGGCAGGUUUAUAUAAACAGACAACAAUUCCACAUGGUCGGUAUAUGUGAUUUUUUAUGACAAGAACUAUUUAAAAUACGAGCAGGAGUGCUUUAUCGGAUGUUCUUGUAUAAUUUAGGAUAUGUAUAUUGUUCUCGUUGAUAGAUGUUACAAUACUCAUGCAUGGUAUCCUUCGUGUCCCAAGGGUGCAUCUAAAUACAUCGUUAUUUACCGUGAUCCAUGUGCUGCCUUCUACAGUUACUUCAAGUUCGUGAAAGGUUGGUUAUUUCAACCAGGAGACGUUUCACUUCAUGAACUUGUACAGGAUUUUCUAGUCGCUAUUGGUAUUCCAAAAAAGAAGAUGGAAUUUGCAUCCUAUUUUGUCCACUUGCUCAGCUGGUGGGAACACAGGAAUGACUCGAAUGUUUUAUUUCUGUUCUUUGAGGAUAUGAAAGAUGAUUUAGAAAGUGUAGUAAGGAUGGUUGCAACAUUCAUGAAAAUUCAAGAUGAAGAAAAGAUUAAGAAGGUUGUGGAAAUGAGUUCCUUUGAAUUUAUGAAGAAAAAGGAGAGAAAGUUUUCAGAGGUUCGUCUCGCACGUUGUCGGAAUAAAAGUUGUGGGAUACCUGAUGAUACUGUACCCAGUAAGGUUGUCACGGGAUCUGCAACGAAAGGACGAGAAUUGAUGGAUGGCAAAACUAAAGAAAUUAUUCAGGCAAAGUGGCUGGAAGUCGUUGGGAAACAAACUGGAUUUCAGGAUUACAAUGAGUUGAGAAGUGCAUUCAAAAAGGAACAGAUGAAUAAAAAUUAAGAUAUUUGAUAUUGGAGAGAUUCAGAUUUGACUUCCACUACCGCUACCACUACCUUUAAGGGAUCAUUAACCAAUCAUAUUCAAUAUCGAUCAGAUACGUGCUAAGCCGGUGAGAGGUAGUGGUUGUGAUAGUGGAAAUCAAAUCUGAACCUCGCUAAUAGCAGAAGAUUGUAAAAUGAUUAUGGGGAGCCACAUUACAGCUUCCUUUCGAACAGAUUUCUACCGUCAUGGCAAAAAUAUGUCUUUUUCCUUGAUCCUAUAUGUUAGUAUAGGUACUUGUAAAGUAGUUGUCAGAUCUGAUGUCAGAUAUUUAUGACGAAUUAUAAUAAUGCAUGUCUUAAAUCAUUUGAUAUAAAAAUAUCUAGUAUUUUAUAGCAACAAAUUCAAUACGUUGUAUUCAAGAAUAUAGACUUUUAGCUGGCAAGAUGGCAGCCGAAAUUAAUAAUUAGAGACCUAGAAUUUUAGACGACAUUCUCGCACAUUUUUAACAAAUCAAAUAUUUCACCCCUUUCAUUAAACAAUUUUAUUAUGCAUUUAAUUGCGCCGUCAGUAUUUUAUUCUUUUUGUCCGUAUUUUAUUUUCUGUCCGCAUUUUAGUCUUUUUGUUCGUCUGUUUGGCCCCGUCCGUCCGUCCGUUUGUCCGCGUCCGUCCGCCCGUCCGCCCGUCCGUCCGUAUCCGCGUGUUAUCCCAUCCAAGGUAAAAAUACAUGUUUUUCAAUUUCAGGUGGUGAGCAUCAGGGCGGUGAUCUUUUUAGAGUAGAUAUAUGACGCAAACCAUGUGCUUUCAUUAUUUUACAAGUAUCCAAUUAAUCCCGUGGUCGAAGCAACAUUUUAAAUGUUUUACUGCAAGGACACAAAGCCCCCUAGAUGAGUGUGUGCGCUCUUGGGGCAAACUCAUUUUGAUUAAAAUACAGUAUGUUUAAAUACAUGUACUUAAAAGCUCCGAGAACUGAAUUAUUGCUUGAUAAAUUAAUCCUAGACCACAGACAGUACGUUGGAGACUAAAUGAUAACAUACAUAUGUACAUAUGGGACAGAUACAAUAACUGUUGUGAAGAUGUUACAGUCGAUUUCAGGUUACUUUUCAAAGCUCGAUUCCCAAGUUUGUUUUGAAUAUUCCUAAUUACAUUACCAAAUUUGGAAUAUUGCGUGAGAACUUGCAAAGCCAAAUUUGCAUGUUGGUGAAUUAAGUACUGAAGUACCCGACUAAAGUACGGAAGUACUGAACUAAAGUACUGAAGUACUGAACCAAGUACUGAAUUGAAAUACCAAAGUACCGAGUUGCAUAAGCAGAUAUAUGGGCGACGAAUUAGACGAGUUCCUUCUAAGUUUUAGGGAUAAAAUAGGAUCCCAAAGUUACCAAAAGAUAGCCACGAUUCUUCGAGAAAAUGAUUUUACGUCUACAUUAAAAUUGUUAGAUAGCGAAAAUCUUGAAGAAAUACUUAAAGGAUCGGAGUUGCCACUUGGGGUAAGGAAAAUAUUGGACUACCAUCUUGACUUGAUAAAAAAAACAAUCUCCGUUGAAUCGAAAGGCUUCUAAAUAUUGCUGCAAUAAAAACGUAACCUCACCAGACGAGGCAUGUAGUGACAAUGAGACUACCCAUGGCGUUGCUACUGAAACCUCGAAGCAGAAUUCCACUGCGGUAUGUACAAAUUUAAAUAUGGUUAUAUGGUUUAUGCUGCAAUAAAAUUAUAUAAUGUAAAACGUUUCAGUUUGAUAUUAUACUAACACCGCAUUUGCUGUUACCUAGAGUAAGACUACGGAAUAUCCAACGACAGCAAAGCGGCCAUUGCAAAAUCGUCAAAGAAAUGUCGAAGAGCAAAUUCGUGCAAAUCGACAAGAGUUGCAGGUGAUGCAAGUCCGUUUGGAAUCAAUGAGCAUAAACGUACCGGAAUUACAUGAGAUUGGAAGCUAUAAAGUCGUCUGUGGUAAUUGUCAUCACCGAGGACACAGAAAUGAACAAACUAAACCAUGCAGUGGCGAAGCCAGCCCGACCUUUUACUCCUGCUAUGUAAAUUUCAAUUCAUUAUCAUUAUUAUUUUCUUUACAAAUCGAUUGUUUUUACAGACCAUUAACUCGGAAAAAUUAACAUAGCAAGAGUAAAUAGUCAGGCUGGCUUCGCUGCUGAAACCAUGUAUCAUGGAAAGAUGCUCGUCAUUUACGUACUGCGGCAUUAAGGAUAAACAUCCGGAAUAUACUUCUGAAAUGAUUCGAAUGAAGUGCGCCAUAAAAAAAGAGCGGCGCUAUUAAACAGCUUGAAGAAGAAUUGGAAGGCAUUAAUAAUUUCCAAAGCCAGAGUGAGCACCAGUUUAUAAAAGCUUUUACCCCAAGAAUGAUGAAAGUUAAUCCUGAAUAUAAAACGAACCGACCAAAACUUCUUCGUGAUAUUAGAAUAUUGCGUAAGUUUUUUGGUGGUAAAAUUGCCGAAGAAACUACCAAUGAUCCCGAACAGCUUAGAAUUACAAUUGCCAAGUGUAAACGUACGUUACAAGAUGAAGUUGGCGAUGUAGGAGUACUCGGCAUCGUAGGAUACGAACGAAGACAACAAAGUCAAUCAAGCGGAUCGACACGCAGCGAAAUUCAAUGUGAACAUGAACUUGUCGCCUGUCAAAAACAACGGUAAAGUCUUGACACAAAAAGAAAAUAUGAACACAGAUUUCAUCGAAACAAAUAUCAUGAAUAAUGAACAAAAUACGAGGCAAAAGCAUUCCCGUGCUAAUAAAGGGAAGAAAAAGCGUAAACGUAAAGGCAAGUCAGUUUACCACGACAGAUCUUCAAGUAACUCCGAGCUGAGUUCAUCCUCAAGUGUCAGUAGUAGAUCGUCCAGCAGUGAUUGCCUCCACAGUCGGAAAAAACCUAAGAAAGCCUCUACAAGAAGAAAGCUACCGUACAAUGAGCAGUCGCACAGUAUAACGGGUUUUACCCAUUUUCCAGUACAAAAUGUGUACUCCCAACAGCCUUUCUAUGAGAAUCAUCCGAUGGGCACAUUUCCUAUGGCUAUAUGCAUAUGUUGCCUGCAUACAACUACUUCGGGGCACAAUCGUCGUCAAUACCGUUCAGUACAUUAGAACACAGCGGUUUCAAACAACAAACAUUGGAAUUAAACACUGCUACUGGUGAUAAAGAAUCGGGUCAAACGACUGUCAACGAAGAAACUGAAAGGCCUUAUGAAAGCUCUCCAGGUUUAGAUCUGCUUUCUUCUGCAGCAUAUUUUAUGCAAGACAAGCAUUAG